ACCUAACUAGAGUGCCAACGGCAAUGAAUACUAGCCAAUCAGAGGCACGGAAUGACGUGUCUUGGCGGAAUGCGGGUGGGAAAACAUAAGGCGUCCUGGCCAUACUUGGAAAUGUAUUAGCUAGCUAUGUGUUUGUUCCUGGUAUCGAUGACGUCCCGACCUGACACCGCCCGAUUAUCGCUCCUUACCCGACUGUCUGUCAACGUCGUGUUCCUGCAGCUGCUUUUGUCUGCCCAGUCCUUGGUUGUAGCCUUGCUGAGGGGUGUUUGGUUCUAGUGGUGGGUGGAGUACCUCUCUCCAGCAGCCAUGUCGGGCUUCAAUCUGCUGCAUCUAAUAACCAAGAGUCAGCCUGUAACUCUGAGGUCCUGCAGUCUUCCCACAGGACCAUGUCGGACUAAGAAGACAUGGCCAGUGAGCUUCUCUCAGGAAGAGAUAAAGAAACGCCUGACACCAAUACAGUAUCAUGUUACCCAGGAGAGAGGAACUGAGAGUGCCUUCAGAGGAGAGUUCACACAUCAUAAAGAUGAUGGGACCUAUGCUUGUGUUGUCUGUGGGGCUCCGCUAUUCAGCUCAAAAACUAAAUUUGACUCAGGAUCAGGUUGGCCAUCCUUCUUUGACCUGGUGAAAGAGGAGUCCAUCACUCUUUCAGAUGAUUUUUCCUAUGGGAUGCACAGAGUGGAGACCACCUGCAGCCAGUGUGGAGCUCAUCUGGGACACUUGUUUGAUGAUGGACCAAAACCCACAGGAAAACGCUACUGCAUCAACUCGGCCUCACUUGCUUUCCAGCCCAAAGACACAGCCUCCUCCACCUCCAGCUCUACAGCUACAGGUGAAGCUGCCAGCAGUUCAGUGAGCAACGGGAAGACAGAGUUUUGAAAGAAUGACCAAGCAAGACUGAUGGCUGUUGUCUGUGUAGGAAGUCCAACAAUUUACACACAUCAAACAGUUAGAUGCUUUAUUCACAAGGUACAGAUAACAGUAUGUAGUUAUAUUGAGAGGAAGGAAGGAGCUCAGGCCUCAUAGAACAAAUAUUCUUUGGUGUAAAAUCAAUCACUAGUAGGCAAGGAGCACACUUCCAAUGCAGUAAUUUUGUUGACACAGUCAAAGCUGUAAGACACACUGUAUCAGCUGAUUGCCUUAAAGGGAUCUUUCAAUAUUUGUCACUCUGAGUGUUUUUCUCCAUUAUGAUAUUUGGUCCAAGGGGAGUAGGAAGAGGAUCUGAUAUUCUCUGUUCUUCAUUUUUCAAAUAACAUUUUUGUUGCUGGAAUCUGCAUUUCUCAACUGUUUCCAAUAGAGGAGGCGAAUAAAA